CACCGGAGUCUGGAUGGGCGACAGCAAGUUGUGUGCCAUCGGUGUGCACUGUGGCAACCACAUCACCUCGCAUGGGCUGGCACUGAACUGCUGCACUGACCUCACCUGGUUUGACCACAUCGUCCCCUGCGGGCUGGAGGGGAAAGGUGUCACCUCGCUGAGCCACGAGUUGGGGCGGCACAUCACCGUCGACCAUGUCCUGGAGCCCUUCCUCGACUCCUUCCAGGAGGUGUUUGACUGCACCUUGGACUUUUCAGGGGAUUAGGACUGUCGUGGUGCCUUGGCCUGGUGUUUUGGCAAAGCCACGGCAUGGCUGAUGGACAUCGUGGCAGCCACCUGGGGCUUUGUUGUGAGACAAGAGCUCUUGUGCCUUUUCCUGUAGACUCUGCCUGGGUGGUGGCACAGAGGUUUAGGCUGCUGCUUAAACAUCCAAACCUCCCCUGGGGCUGUUCUCCCCAGGCCCCUGGGACUCCAUCCUUCCGCUGAGACCAUCCCUGUGUCACUUGCUGGGGAAAUACCCAAAUAGGUGCUUUUGUGGGUUUUUUUCUGCUGCUCUCCCUGCAAAAAUCCAAAAUUUGGGUGAACACUCAUGCACCAGCUGGACCAGAGGAACAGGAACUGGUGGGUCGAGCAUCCCUCCCUUGCUGAUGGGUAAAAAGAGGCAGAUUUUAUAUAAAGAGAGUUGCUGGGAACUUUUGCUGCCAAUC